AUGCCCUACCCCCUCAUCCCAUCCUGCUAUCUCCUCAUUACUCAGACCGUCAGCCGCGCGGUAACUAAUGUCUGCCUCUGUCCGUAUCGCUGCCGCGCCAACACGUUUACAGUUCUAAUCAAGGAGCGGGCGAUGAACGAGGAGAGCAUACGGGGGCCGAGGGGGGGGAGCUGGGGGGGCCGGGGGAUUAAUGGCCAAAUCACACCGCGACACCUCCGCCGCCGCCGCGCGCUCAGCCCGACGGGGCCUGGUCACUCUGAAGGGGCGUGGUCACUCGGAGGGGGUGUGGUCACUCUGAAGGGGCGUGGUCACUCGGAGGGGGUGUGGGGCGUGGUCACUCGGAGGGGGUGUGGUCACUCUGAAGGGGCGUGGUCACUCGGAGGGGGUGUGGUAACUCUGAAGGGGUCUGGUCACUCUGAAGGGGCGUGGUCACUCGGAGGGGGUGUGGUCACUCUGAAGGGGUGUGGUCAGUCGGAAGGUAUGGUCACUCAGAGAGGGCGUGGUCACUCUGAAUGGGCAUGGUCACUUGGAGGGGGUGUGGCCACUUGGAAGAGGUGUGGUCAGUCGGAGGGGGCGUGGUCAGUCUGA